AAUGGUCAUGGGGCACUGGGAAUAACACUGAUAUUGGGACUCUGGGAAUGGCACUGGGAAUGGAACAAUGGUCAUGGGGCACUGGGAAUGGCACUGGGAAUGGAACUGGUCAUGGGGCACUGGGAAUGGGACACUGGUCAUGGAGCUCUGGGAAUGGAACUGGUUGUGGGGCUGUGGGAUUGGGACACUGGGAAUGGAACUGGUCAUGAGGCAUGUGGAAUGGCAUUGGGAAUGGACCUAGUCCUGGUCACUGGGAAUGGCACUGGGAUGACGGUGGUCAUGGGCCAAUGGGAAUGGGGCACUGGUUGCUGGUUACUGGGCUCUGGGUGCUGGGCACUGCACACUGGGUAAGACCCCUGGCUCCGAGCCCCUUGUGGCCCUAUGGCCCCAUCCCGGGGGUCUUGGAGGGGCUUGGCCAGGUGCAGCCUCCCCUCACUUCCACUCUCGGCUCCAGUGGGGCUGCUGGCCUUCCCUGGCACAGGUACUGGGAUGGGGCUGGGUUGAGGGUCCCUGCCCCAUGGCAUCCUUGUUACUGCCAGUGCAUUCCAGUGGGUUCCAGUAGAUCCCAGUGGGCCCCAGCAGGUCCCAGUAGGUCCUGGUGUAUGCAAAUGAUCCCAGUGAGUCCCAAAGUACACAGUAGUCCCAGCGGGUUCCAGCAGAUCCCAGUAGGUCCCAGCAGUUUCCAAUAGAUCUCAGCAGGUCCCAGCGGGCCCCAGAGCAUUCAGGGAUCCUAGCAGGUCCCAGUGAAUCCCAGUAGAUCCCAGUGGGUCCCAGAAUGUCCCAGAGCACACAGUGGUCCAAGUAGAUCUGAGCAGGUCCCAGUGAGUUCCAGUGGUUCUCAAUGGGUUUCAGAACAUCCCAGUGGGUCCCAGCAGAUCCCAGUAGAUCCCAACAGAUCAUAGAGCAUGUGGGGCCCCAGCAGUUCCCACUAUGUGCCAGCAGGUUCCGGUGGGUUCCAGCAGUUCUUAGUAUUUUCCAGUGGGUCCCAUUAGGUCCCAGUAAGUUCCAGCACAUCCCAGUAGGUCCCACCAGGUUCCAGUAGAUCCCAAUGGAUCCCAGAGCACACAGUGGUCCCAGUGGGUCCCUGUGGGUCCUGAUAAAUCUUGGUGGGUCCCAGAGCAUGUGAGGGUUCCAGCAGGUCCCAGUGGGUCCCUGAGCAUUCAGGGAUCCCAGCAGUUCCCAGUGGGUCCCAGUGGGUUUCAGCACAUCCCAGUAGGUCCCAGUGGGUUCCUGCAGGUCCCCAGUGGGUCCCAGAGCAUGCAGGGUUCCCAGCAGGACCCAGCAGUUCCCAGUAGGUCCCAGCUGGUCUUAACAGAUCCCGGAGCAUGUGGGGAGUUCCAGAAAUUCCGAGAGGGUCGCUCCAGUUCCCAGCGGGUCCCAGUAGGUCACAGAGCAUGCAGGGGUUCCUGGAGAGUCCCAACAGUUCCCAGGGGGUCCCAGUGUAUGCAGGGGUCCCUGUGGGUUCCCGCACAUCCCAGUGGGUCCCAGCAGAUCAAGUCCCUGAGCACAUGGUGGGUGCAGGUGGGUCCUGGUGGUGCCAGUGGCCCCAUACCCAAUGGCAUUCCCCAGCCCCGUUCCCGCUGCGCCUGGCCGGGGGUCCUGGGCGCUGCGUGGGGCGCGUGGAGCUGCUGCACGCCGGGCGCUGGGGCACAAUCUGCGACGACGACUGGGGGCUGCCGGAUGCGGCGGUGGUCUGCAGGCAGCUGGGCUGCGGGACUGCGCUGGCUGCCCCAUCAGGGGCCUGGUUUGGGGAAGGCUCCGGCCCCAUCUGGCUCAACCACGUGCGGUGCAGUGGCGAUGAGCAGCGCCUUUCCCAGUGCCGGCACCGAGGGUGGCACAGCCAUGUCUGCGCCCACGAGGAGGAUGCCAGCGUUGUGUGCUCGGCUCAUCCCCUGCUGUUGCCCGGAACGACGGAGCCCACUGGCGCUGCUGGCAGCACCCCAGCGGUCGGUGAGUGUUGCACAGCCAUGAGUGUUGCAUGGGGUGCAGGGUGUGGUAUGAGAUGCACAGGUGCAGCAUGCACAGGUAUGGGGUAAGCAGGUGUAGUAUGUGCAGGUACAAUGUGCAGGGCUGCAUAUGGUGGGCACCCAUAUGGCACGCAUGGUUAUAGAGUGCAUGGGUGCAGCAUGCAUUAGGAUGGGGUGCAGGGUUUUAGGCUUCACAGCAUGCACUCACAGAGCAUGCACAGGGCUGUAGGGAUGUGUUGGGGCAUGUGGUAUGGGAUGCAUAGGUGACAGCAUGCACAGGUAUGGUUGUGGGGACGUUGAGGGGACGGAGUGGGGUAGGGUGGGCUGUGGUAAGAAUAUUUUAAUAAGACAGAAGUGUGGAAGGAGCUGUGAUGGGGUUAGGAUGGAGAUGAGAUGGAUCUGGGAAGGAGCGUGGAAGGAGAAGGAAUGGAGAUGGGAUGAAAAAGGGAAGGGGGAAGGGAAGGAGUGGGAAAGGAGCAUGGAAAGAGCAGGGAUGGAGCCAGCAAGGAGUAGGAAUGAAGAUGGGAUAGAGAUGAGAUGGAGAGGGGCUGGAGCUGGAAUCAAAAGGGGUGGAGAAAGAUGCAGAAGGGAGUAGAGACAGCAAGGGAAAGAAAGGGGA